GAAAAUUUUUUAAGUCAAUUUUCUGCAUUUUUAUUAAUUGACGGAGUCGUGAGCUUUCUUUUCCACUGUUUAUAAGCAUUAUUCAGAAAUGAAAUAAAAUGUAUUUGUUACUGUUUUCUAAUGGUGUAUUUCCACACAGGUGGAGAACGAACUUGUGGUGUACAUGAACUGAUCUGCAUUAGAAAAGUGUCUCCAGAAGCAAUUGGAUUCCUGUCUGCAGUUGGGGUGUUCAUUAUUCUCAUGUUGCUACUUUUCCUAUAUAUUAAUAAGAAGAUGUGUAUUGAAAAUGUUAGUGGUUUCCCAGAUCUCGAUUCAGGAUACACUACAAGAAGGAAUUCACAAGAUAAACUUUACAAUUCUUAUAUGAGUAAAGACCAGCAUGGUUCAUCAUCUGAGAGUGAAGAUGAAGCACUGGGUAAAUAUCAUGAGGCCUUGUCUAGAACCCAGAGUUCCAGGCUGCCAGUGGUGGAUGGCAGACAGCAAAAAAACUAUAUAUGGGAAACCAGACAAAAAUAUAGUCCCCUGUCUGCAGAAUAUGAUGGAUACAGUAGUGAAGCCUCAAUAGAUGAAGCAAACUGCAUUCAGAGGAUGAGAAGAACACCUCCGCUGGAUGAACUGCAGCCGCCUCCGUACCAGGAUGACAGUGGCUCUCCUCAUCUUUCCUGCACGCCUUCCGAAGUAGGAGACAGCAAAUGUGAAUAUUCCCAGUGUAGCAACAGCCCAAGGUGCUCAUAUAAGUGCCCAAGUGAGGGAAGCACGGGACACGAAAUAGAAAGCUUUCAUAACAAAGGAUAUGAAGAGGAUGUUCCGAGUGAUAGCACAGCAGUUCUUAGUCCAGAGGAUAUGUCAGCUCGAGGAUCAUCUUCACAGCUUCCUAAACCUUUUGAUCCUGAGCCAGUAGCUAAAUAUGGCACACUGGAUGUGACUUUUGACUAUGACUCACAGGAACAGAAGCUUUUGGUGACAGUGACAGCUGUCACAGACAUUCCAACAUACAGCAGGACAGGUGGAAGCUCGUGGCAAGUACACCUAGUUCUUCUCCCUAUAAAGAAGCAGAGAGCAAAAACCAGCAUCCAGCGGGGACCGUGCCCUGUCUUCACAGAGACAUUCAAAUUUAAUCACGUCGAGUCGGAGAUGAUUGGGAAUUAUGCGGUUCGCUUUCGACUGUACAGCGUACGGCGCAUGAAAAAGGAGAGGAUUGUGGGAGAAAAGAUUUUUUACUUGACAAAAUUGAAUCUUCAAGGGAAGAUGUCAGUGCCAGUGAUACUGGAACCUUCAUACAGUCUGCCUGGUUGUGACUCUCAAAUGAGCAUGUCAGAAGUGUCCUGCAGUGAAAGUACCUCCUCUUGUCAGUCUCUGGUACAUGGCUCAGCUCCAGAAAUCCUCAUUGGCCUCCUUUAUAAUGCUACAACUGGAAGAUUAUCAGCAGAAGUGAUAAAAGGCAGCCACUUCAAAAACUUGGCAGCGAACAGACCACCCAACACGUAUGUGAAGUUAACACUGCUCAACUCGAUGGGGCAGGAGAUGUCCAAGUGCAAGACUUCCAUCCGCCGAGGGCAGCCGAACCCCGUGUACAAGGAGACCUUUGUGUUCCAGGUGGCCCUGUUCCAGCUCUCGGACGUGACACUCAUCCUCUCCGUGUACAAUAAGCGCAGCAUGAAGCGGAAAGAGAUGAUAGGCUGGAUUUCCUUAGGUCUCAACAGCUCAGGAGAGGACGAACUCAAUCACUGGACUGAAAUGAAGGAAUCAAAAGGACAGCAAGUCUGUAGAUGGCAUACUUUACUGGAAUCCUAAUGGGUGGUAGAAGGUGCAGCCCGUGGUUCUAAGGGAGCUUGUUCUCCCGGCAAGAUGAUCGUCCCCGGUCGCAAUCAGCAGAUGCGUUGUGGGAGUGAAAAAUGGAGAUUGCGGUCGACAUUCCAUCACAAAGGAUGCACAACCUGCAAAAUGGUGGGAUUUAACACAGAAUCUUCACUUGGUGUCAUGAACUCCCUUGGUGUCAGAGGAGCCUUGCUGUACACAGAUACGAUAGCGGUCCCUUCCCCACCCACCUGAUGCUGUAUUUGUUUGGGUUUGUUUUUGUGGUUUUCAAUUCAGAAACAUUCUGUGCGAGGUUCUCCAAAUUAAUGUAAGCUCCUCCUUGUGUACCUUUUGUAUUGCUUUAAUACUGUAGCUUCUGACCUGCCUGCAUUCAGAUUAAAGGUCAAUAUUUUGCACUUUGAGAAAAAGUUAAUGGUCUGUAAAGCAAAAGCAAAAAAAGAAAAACCACUGGUGAAAGAACACUUAAUAAUAUAGCAAAUAGAAAUAUGCUGUUGUUUUGCACUGAGUUUCUUUCCAGGAGCUUGGUAAAGUAAGUUUUCGUUUUUUGAUAUGCAGUUGGUUUGAAAAAUACUAGCAUUUGGGCAUCAGGUGAACUUUGACAUCAAACUAAUGUUUCUUCAAUCUGUGACAGGAACGAGCUCUAUAUAUGGCAAAAAUUGGGUUUUUCCCUCUUGCCUGUACUUCUGCCUAAUCCAAAGAGACCAGAUCAUUAGUUUGGUCCCUUCCAAAACUCCUUAGACAGGUUGUACUGUAAAACUAUGUAACUUUCUGUUGAAAGCACUUCCUCUAUUCAUGUAUUCCAAUGUAGGAAGCUCAUAGAGCACGACUUUACUAAAAUAUAUUUUCAUUAAACAAAUUGAUACAGGUUUCUUUAAAAUAUCAGCAGUUAGAAGUUAAGUUGAAAGACUGUGAAGGAAGUGGCAGCAGUUGAACUACUCUGAAUAAAUGCAAAAUACUAUGGCCUUGCUUGAAACAGGUAUCCAUUCAGGUCUCUUGUGAGUUGUUUUAGGCAUUACCAUAUGCUGUUUGUUGGAAGUAGAGAGCAGACCAGGAGUUUUUACCUUUCUUCUUGAAGAAGAGAACAUCAGUAGGUUUUUUUUUCCUAGUGAUUUGCCAGCAAUUGAACGAAUGUUCACACAAAAAAUAGAAGUUUGCUUUGCUUGUGUUCAGGUUGGGAAACAUAGCUUUCUAAUGAUGCAGUUGAGAAGCUGCAGUAUCACCAGAUAAACACUUGUGGCAUCCACCAAAAUUGAGAAAAUAUCAGUGCUUCUGAGGUUCCUAUUUGUCCCAAAGCCUUUAGCUGGACUCACAAUAAUUUACUGACUGCUGAAUCUAAAUCAUAUUGCUAAACUUAUGCAUUACUGAGUAAAAGUAUUUUUAAAAAGCUUCCCAAUUUAAAUAUUUUUUUGUCUGUUAUUACAAGUUUUGUUUAUUUUUAAUUGUUCCUGUAAAGAAAGUAAUUUUUUCUUAUAAAUGAUGUCGAUGUCUUACUAAUAUGAGACCUCACUGACUGUUGUAGCACUUGGUGGGUUGUUGAGGCAAUUGGUGUUAGUCUAAAGUGUUCUCAUUAGGACAGAUGUGUUCCUCUUGAAUUCCUUUUAAUACCUUUGAACAAUCCUGGCUUUGGGGUAUACAGACAGUCAGGUACAGUGAGACUGCUGAUGGUAUG